AUGAGCAAAAGAAAUCAUGAAGAUCAUGAAAAGCACGGUUCCUCACGCAAACAUCGACGGGAUAGCCGCUCACGUUCACAUGAUAAAGACAAAGAACUGCGCAUUCAAAUGAAGCCUUUGAUGCUUUCUUCAGAUAAUGAAUUAACUCGACAAAAUGAGAUUAGCUACAUCGAAGGUUCAAGUUUCACACAGAAAAGUUUCUCGUCUUCGCGUAAACAAGACACACUACUGAAUCCGGAUUCACAUUCACGGUCGACAGGUGUCAAUUCAGGUCAAUACUCUUCAAUGAUUAUGGAAAGAGCACAUGAAGCGGCUAUAUUUGGUCAUUCUUCAGUUCCUUUACCUUCCAUUCUUGGUACAGAUCCAGCUGAAGGCAAAGAUAAACUAGUUUCUUCUGUGGAUACAGUGAAGCAACUACUUCAUCAUUCGCUGGAUAAAUCUGAUCCUUCCACAUGGGAUGCUUGGUUGGUGAAACUUGCUGAAUUUAAGGCACGUCGAGCAAAUAAGAUUUCAUCUACCAUAAACACAAAUCAGAAAAAGAGAAUUAACGGAAUCGGAUAA